AUGGAGACCCAAUAUAACAAAUUUAAACAGCUGACUUUGAAAGACUUAUCGGAAAGUCAUGGCCGCACAGCCAGCAACCGACCACGCAGGGAAUUAAUUGUGGAACUCAUGGAAAUCGACCGAACUACUACAAUGGCCGAACCUAUUAUCCCAAAUGCAGAAGAAGACGAAAUACUGCCGUCCGUUCGGUUGAGAUUAACAAUGUAUGGACCUAAUCCUCACACCGAAGGCAAUACCAGCUAUGCUUGGCAUAGAUACAGCAACCCAUGA